AGGGCGGUUUGAUGAGGAUUGGGUAUGAAAUUAAUAGAUGGCAGUGACAGAGAGCUGUCUCAUUUCCGGGCAGAGGGAUCUGGGACCUCUAUAAAACUGCCCCUGUCCUGGAGAUUGUCAUUCCCUCCUCUUGCCUUCUUCUCAAGCUUGGGACACCCAGCAGUCAGCCAUGUGCUCCCGUCAGGACAAGGACCAGUGCCACUCACAGGAGCGCUACACCCGGCAGAGCAGCGGCUGUCACAGCUCCGGUGGUGGCUGUCACAGCUCCGGUGGAGGUGGUGGCUGUCACAGCUCCAGUGGUGGCAGUGGUGGCUGUCACAGCUCUGGUAGCAGUGGUGGCUGUCACAGCUCUGGUGGUGGUGGCUGUCACAGCUCCGGUGGCAGCGGUGGCUGUCACAGCUCCGGCGGUUCCAGCUGCCAUGGGAAGCCUCAGGUCCAGUACCACUACUACCACCACCAGCAGCAGCAGCAGCAGCAGCAGCAGCAGGUCCACCAGCUGCCGUCGCAGAAGAUGAAGUGAUGGAGCACCCACAGAGCUCUGCACUCCCCAGGGCAUCCUGCUUCCCCUCUGUGUGCUCCCACCCCUGAGGGACACCACUGCUGCUCCCCCACUGCUGCUCCAUGAGGCUGUGCUCCAGCCUGGGUGCCAGCAGCACAAUAAAGCAUGAUGUGUCCCAGAGCUCUCCUGUGUCUCUGUGUCUCCUUAAGCUUCCCAUCCUCAUUUCCCACGUGUGUUCACACCAUGCAUGGGCUGCCUUUCUCUCCUUCAGUCCUUCUGACACUCUGGCUGCAGAAAAUGUGGAUCACCCCUGUGUUCUCUUAGCUCUGCCCUCCUCCCCAAGUGAUGGAGAAA